GUGAUAAUGAUGGUAUUGGGAAACCUUCUGAUUCAUACAGAAGCUCAAGCUCCACCUCAACCCUCUCCUUUCAAAAGCUGUUACAAAGGUUGUGUUGUUGUUUGUUUCUUCCAGCAGAAGUUUCCAAACAUGUUGAUGUGUCCAUUAACGUGUCUGGGGACCUGUCUUGUUCCCCAAAUGCCAGUGCCUUCUCCUCCUUCAGAGAUGGUUUCAUCAACAAACGAAGUCAGUUAUAAUGAUUACUACUGCAAACUCGGAUGUGCUACUCAUCACUGUGUUUCCCUUUCUUCUACCCAAAAUCCGAAUGUUGACAAAGUUGCGGACUGUGUGGAUUCAUGCUCGGACAAAUGCUCCAUCAAGAACUAA